UUUAAGAAAAGUAGGUCCGGCUUCGCGGGUGCGGCCGGGGCGGGGCUUGUGGCAGGCGUGUCCCUCCGCGGUGACGGCCGGGGACGCAGGCGCGGCGGAAGGCGGGAGCGGCCGGGAGCGCGGGAGCGCGGGAGCGCGGGGCUCAGAAGUUUCCACGCACCUGUGAGGAACCCAGCAGGAGCCAGCCGGGAGAGGAGUCCGAACCCCACGACGGUCCGCGGGCCGGCGGCCGCCAUGUCCAGCCCCUUCCUGAAGCAGGUCUUCGGCAAGGACAAGACCUUCCGCCCCAAGCGCAAGUUCGAGCCGGGCACGCAGCGCUUCGAGCUGCACAAGCGCGCGCAGGCGUCGCUGAACGCGGGGCUGGACCUGCGGCUGGCCGUGAAGCUGCCGCCCGGCGAGGACCUGCACGACUGGGUGGCCGUGCACGUGGUGGACUUCUUCAACCGCGUCAACCUGGUCUACGGCACGGUGAGCGACGGCUGCACCGAGCAGUCGUGCCCGGUCAUGUCGGGCGGGCCCAGGUUCGAGUACCGCUGGCAGGACGAGCAGCGCUUCCGCAAGCCCACGGCGCUGUCGGCCCCGCGCUACGUGGGCCUGCUCAUGGACUGGAUCGAGGCGCAGAUCAACGACGAGGAGCUGUUCCCCACGAGCGUGGGCCGUGCGGAAGAUCCUGUCGCGCCUCUUCCGCGUGUUCGUGCACGUGUACAUCCACCACUUCGACCGCAUCGCGCACUUGGGCUCCGAGGCGCACGUCAACACCUGCUACAAGCACUUCUACUACUUCGUCACCGAGUUCGGCCUCAUCGACACCAAGGAGCUGGAGCCGCUGAAAGAGAUGACCGCGCGGAUGUGCCACUGAGCCCGCCGAGCCCACCGUGGGAGGGAGGCCCCGACGUGGACGCCAGCGCCGGGCUCCGGCCGCGAGGACCGCUGCUCCCGGAGGUGCGACCGGACCCGGCUGCCUCAGCCAGCGUGUCCGCGGAUUCCUGCAGCCCGCCCGCCGCGUGACGCCGGAGCCGGGGGGGCCCGCCCCCCAGGAAGUGCCGUGCCUGCUGUGGGCGCCCCCCAGGGACCCACCAAGUGCCAUGCACACUGCCCCGUCCGCACCGCCCGCCCCAAGCCCGGCGCCUUCCGGGAACCGCGGGCUCAGCUCCCGGGACGCCGGCAGCGCGGGGCCGAUGACCGGGUGUGCGUCGGGAGAGGGCCUGGGGCUGGGGCCGCCCCUGCCUCGCCCCCCCCCCCAGACAUCAGAAUAAACUGCCCUCCCCCGCUGUGG